GGAGAGGAGAAAGAGGAGGGGGGUAUAUAAGAAUGGUAGGUGGGAGAGGGGUCUGACCGCAAAGUGUCUACUGUUUAAGAGAAAGGGACUUCUCCCUCCCUCUUUCUCUUUCACUGGGUCCCUCUCUCCGGCUGCAGCGCCAGCAGGCUCCCUGCCUCCGUGGAUCACUACUGUUGAGAGGGGAGGAAAAAAAGAGAGAGAGAGAGAAAAUGACACAACUUGCAUCUCUCUAGGGAAAAACAAGACAGCACACAAAAAAGGCACAAAAAGAUUUGCAAAGAUUUGAAGUUUUUUAUAUAUAUUUUUCUGAGUGCCACAAACUAAAUAAAGACACCCCAUCAUUUCACUAAGCUUCAUCCAAAUCAGAAACUUACUUUCUUUCACACUACUCCUAACUGACUCAAGUCUGAGUUAGUGUGUCAUCAUGGGGAUGCAAGGCCUGCUUCUGGCCUGUGUUACUAUGGCCAUUCUGCUAGAUCUCUCCAUGGCUGGCCUGCUAAAGAAAAUGAUCAGGCACAGACGAGAGUCACUGAUGCCACCUAAAUCUGAGAAUAUGACCCUACCCAAUCCAGACCAACCAGUAGUUUUCAACCAUGUAUACAACAUCAAUGUCCCAACUGGAUCGUUGUGCUCUGUUGACCUGGAUUCACCUGGAGGAUUGGAAAUGAAGCCCAAGUCUGUCCCUUCUGAGCAACACAUUGAACACACUGUGGAUGGAGAAAACCAGAUAGUUUUUACACAUAGAAUUAACAUACCCAAACAGGCUUGUGGGUGUGAUAACCACAUGCCAGACCUUAAAGAUCUCCUAAACAGACUGGAGAUGCUGGAAGCUGAAGUGUCUAGUCUAAGAGAGCAGUGUACCAGUGGAGCUGGCUGCUGUGGAGCACAAGUAACAGGUGAGAUUACUACCAAGCCAUAUUGCAAUGGUCGUGGCAACUACAGCAUUGAAACCUGUAGCUGUGUGUGUGAGCCUGGCUGGAAGGGUCCCAAUUGCUCGGAGACGGAAUGCCCAAAUUUUUGCCAAGAUCAAGGCCGCUGUGUGGAUGGGAAAUGCAUUUGUUUUGAGGGCUUUGGGGGAGAAGACUGUGGAACUGAACUGUGUCCUGUUGAUUGUGGUGAAUUUGGCCAGUGCAUUGAUGGGGCAUGUGUGUGUGCAGAAGGUUACAUUGGUGAGGAUUGUUCCAUGACCAAUUGCUUAAACAAUUGCCUGGGUAGGGGACGCUGUGUGGAUAGCGAGUGCGUGUGCAAUGAGCCAUGGACAGGAUUCGACUGCUCAGAGCUUAUAUGCCCCAAUGACUGCUUCGACCGUGGCCGUUGCAUCAACGGAACCUGCUACUGUGAUGAAGGCUUCACUGGGGAGGACUGUGGUGAGCUCACCUGCCCAAAUAACUGUAACAAUAAAGGCCUCUGUGUUAAUGGUCAGUGUGUAUGCAAUUUUGGCUAUAGUGGAGAAGACUGCUCCAAGCUUACAUGUCCAAAAGACUGCAGCAAGCGAGGACACUGCUUCAAUGGGAGAUGUAUCUGCGAUCCUGGCUUUGAAGGGGAGGACUGCAGCAUCCUAUCUUGUCCUGAAAAUUGCAAUGACAGGGGUAAAUGUAUAAAUGGAAAAUGUGUAUGUGAUCCUGGAUACCAAGGCGAUGACUGCUCUGAGCGCUCCUGUCCCAGUGAUUGUCAUAACAAUGGACGCUGCAUUGAUGGACAGUGCAUUUGCAAGCAAGGCUUUGCAGGAGAGGACUGCAGCAUCAAGACCUGCCCCAAUGACUGUCAUGAUCGUGGUGAAUGUGUGGACGGCACAUGUGUCUGCAAUAUUGGCUUCACAGGUGAAGACUGCAAAGAGUUAACAUGCCUUAGCAACUGUCACAACAGAGGACUCUGUGUAAAUGGACAGUGUGUGUGCAAUGAAGGAUUUACUGGGGAGGACUGCAGUGAAAAAACAUGUCCCAACAACUGCCAGGACCGUGGGUAUUGUAACAAUGGACAGUGCGUCUGCUAUGAGGGUUACACUGGUGUUGACUGCUCAGAGAUGACCUGCCCAGGAAACUGUAAUGAACAGGGUCGCUGCUUGAAUGGCAUGUGUAUCUGUGAAUUGGGAUUCACCGGGGAUGACUGCUCUGAAAUCUCCCCACCAAGAGACCUGGUUGUGACUGAAGUCACCCCAGAGACAGUGGAUCUGACCUGGGUUAAUGAGGUGCAGGUGACAGAGUACCUAAUUACCUACAUGCCUACAGCUCCUGGUGGUCUGGAGUUAGAUAUGAGAGUACCUGGUGAAAAAAGGUCUGCUACUAUUAAAGAGCUGGAGCCUGGUGUGGAAUACUUAAUCAGUGUCUAUGCUGUUCUAAAUAACAAGAUGAGCGUUCCUGUGAGUGCCAGAGUGGCAACACAUCUUCCGGAGCCUGAAGGCCUUAAGUUUAAAGCUGUAAGAGAGACAUCAGUGGAAGUUCAGUGGGAUCCUCUUAAUGUCCCUUUUGAUGGCUGGAACCUCAUCUUCAGAAAUACAAAAGAGGAGAAUGGAGAGAUACUGAAUUCGUUGUCUCCCCCCGAGAUUACCUUCGAACAGUCUGGCCUGGGUCCUGGCCAGGAGUAUGAGGUUAAACUUGAGGUGUUAAAGAAUAACACACGUGGACCUCCAGCAAGCAAGAAUGUGGUUACAAUGAUUGAUGCUCCUAGCCAGGUGGAUGUCCGGGAUGUAACAGACAGUACUGCUCUUAUCACCUGGUUCCAGCCCAUAGCUCAGGUGGACAGCAUCACCAUGUCCUAUGGCCCCAUCUCUGGCUCCGCAGACAGCCAUAAAGUGGAACUGUCAUCAGUCGAGACUCAGUACCACCUGGCUGAACUCUAUCCUGACAUGGAGUACAGUGUGUCACUCAUGGCCCGCCGAGGAGAAAUGACCAGCGUGCCUGUUUAUGAGACCUUCACCACCGACCUGGAUGCACCUACAAACCUGCGAGCGAUUGAUCAGACAGACGAGAGCAUCACAUUGGAGUGGACAAACAGCCAAGCCAACAUUCCCAGCUACCGCAUCAAAUACGGACCACUGUCAGGAGGGGAACAUGGGGAGCUUACAUUUCCUAAAGGCCCACAGGACAUCACUCAAGCCAAAAUUUCAGGUCUCAGACCUGGAACAGAAUAUGGCAUGGGAGUGACCGCAAUCAAAGACGAGAAGGAAAGCGCUCCAUCCACCACCAAUGCUGUCACUGACCUUGAUGCUCCUAAAGAUCUGGAGGUGAGCGAGACCACAGAAACCACAAUGGUGCUGAUUUGGAGAAGACCUGUGGCUAAGAUCGAUGUCUACAAGCUGGUGUUUGUGUCCGCUGAUGGACACAGGGCUGAGUUUGAGGUCCCAGGUAGUGCCAGCACCUACAUACUGAAGAACCUCAACCCUGGCAUGCUGUACACCAUCACCCUGACAGCAGAGCGAGGAAGGAAGACGAGCACACCUGCCAGCAUUCAGGCAUCUACAGACAAUGAAAAGCCCCUGGCGGGCAACAUCACCAUCUCUGCAGUUUCCUGGGAUGGCUUCAAUAUAUCCUGGGAGUUGAAGAGGGGCGAGCUUGAUGGCUUUCUGAUCGAGGUGGCUGACCCCGAUGGUCUCUCUGAGGGCCAGAACCACACUUUGUCAGGGCAGGAGUACAGCUUGGCUAUUAUAAAUCUCUCUCCUAGCACUUUCUACAGGGUCACACUAUAUGGCCUGUACAGGGGAGAUCUCUUAGAGCCAGUGUUUGGGGAGGCUUUCACAGAGGCUGAACCUGAGGUGGAGCACCUUUUCACCUCCAACACCAAGCCAGACGGUUUUACGCUGCAGUGGAGGGCCCCAGAUGGAAUCUUUGAAACGUUUAUUAUUAAAAUCUCUGACGGAUCUGGCAAGCAAAUGCAGCUGAGUGUACCGGGAGACAAGAGAGAGGAAGUGAUCUCUGGCCUUGAUGAGGCUACAGAUUAUGAAAUUGAACUCUUUGGGACAAUUGCAGGACGGAACUUCAAGCCCAUUUCAGUCAAAGGUCUCACAGGUCUGGGCAAACCAAAGGGUAUUCGUUUCUCUGAUGUCACUGAUACCACUGCCACCAUUCACUGGACUGUUCCCAGUUACCAUGUCGACAGCUUCCAAAUCACCUAUGUGCCCACUCAUGGAGGCAUUCCCAUAACAGUCACAGUGGACGGAACAAAGUCCCAGACUGUGCUGGACAACCUGACCCCUGGGGUGGCCUACCAAGUGAGUGUAAUAUCAGUGAAGGGUCUGGAGCAGAGUGAGCCAGCUUCUGAUAUAUUUAUAACAGGUCUGGGCAAACCAAAGGGUAUUCGUGUUUCUGAUAUCACUGAAACCUCUGCCACUGUACACUGGACUGUUCCCAGUUACCAUGUCGACAGCUUCCAAAUCACCUAUGUGCCACCUCAUGGAGGCAUUCCCAAAACAGUCACAGUGGACGGAACAAAGUCCCAGACUGUGCUGGACAACCUGACCCCUGGGGUGGCCUACCAAGUGAGUGUAAUAUCAGUGAAGGGUCUGGAGCAGAGUGAGCCAGCUUCUGAUAUAUUUAUAACAGGUCUGGGCAAACCAAAGGGUAUUCGUAUUUCUGAUAUCACUGAAACCUCUGCCACUGUACACUGGACUGUUCCCAGUUACCAUGUCGACAGCUUCCAAAUCACCUAUGUGCCACCUCAUGGAGGCAUUCCCAAAACAGUCACAGUGGACGGAACUAAGUCCCAGACUGUGCUGGACAACCUGACCCCUGGGGUGGCCUACCAAGUGAGUGUAAUAUCAGUGAAGGGUCUGGAGCAGAGUGAGCCAGCUUCUGAUAUAUUUAUAACAGGUCUGGGCAAACCAAAGGGUAUUCGUAUUUCUGAUAUCACUGAAACCUCUGCCACUGUACACUGGACUGUUCCCAGUUACCAUGUCGACAGCUUCCAAAUCACCUAUGUGCCACCUCAUGGAGGCAUUCCCAAAACAGUCACAGUGGACGGAACUAAGUCCCAGACUGUGCUGGACAACCUGACCCCUGGGGUGGCCUACCAAGUGAGUGUAAUAUCAGUGAAGGGUCUGGAGCAGAGUGAGCCAGCUUCUGAUAUAUUUAUAACAGGUCUGGGCAAACCAAAGGGUAUUCGUGUUUCUGAUAUCACUGAAACCUCUGCCACUGUACAGUGGACUAUCCCACAUUACCACAUUGACAGUUAUCGAGUCACCUAUGUGCCAGUUCAUGAUGGCAUUCCCAUAACAGUUACUGUGGAUGGAAGUGAGUCCCAGACUGUGCUACCAAACCUGACACCGGGGGUCACCUACCAAGUAAAGGUGAUAUCAGUUAAGGGUACGGAGGAGAGUGCACCAGCAUCUGAAAGAUUUACAACAGUUCUGGGUAUUUUAAAGGGUAUUCGCUUCUCUGAUGUCACCGAUACCUCUGCCACUGUGCAUUGGACUGUCCCCCAUUACCAUGUUGACAACUACAGAGUCACCUAUGCACCCAUUCAUGGAGCAGACAGUCCCUUAACAGUCACGGUGGAUGGAGGUCAGUCCCAGACUGUGCUGCCCAACCUGACACCCGGGGUGACCUAUCGAGCGAGCGUUAUAUCAGUAAAGGGUCUGGAGAAUAGUGAGCCAGCAUCUGAUACAUUUACAACAGGUCUGGCCAAACCAAUGGGUAUUCGCUUUUCUGACGUUACUGAUAAAUCUGCCACAGUCCACUGGACUAUCCCUCGUUAUCGCGUUGACAGCUACAAAGUCACCUACAUUCCCAUUAAUGAAGGAAGACCCAUGACAAUCACAGUUGAUGGUGGUGAGUCACAGACUGUGCUGCCCAACCUGACACCUGGGGUGACCUAUGAAGUAAGUGUCAUAUCAGUAAAGGGUCUGGUGGAGAGUGAGCCAGCCUCUGAUGCAGUUACAACAGCAUUGGACAAGCCACAUGGAUUGGUGGCGGUCAAUAUCACGGAUACUACAGCACUGUUGCACUGGCAGCCGACUAUUGCCACAGUCGAUGGAUACGUGAUCACCUACAGCGCAGAAACAAUGCCCCCAAUAACAGAACGGGUUUCUGGAAACACUGUAGAGUUUGAGAUGAGCUCGCUCUACCCUGGCACUGAGUACACUGUCAAAGUCUACGCAGUGAGGGAAGCAUCCAAGAGUGCUGCCAUGACUACCCAGUUUACUACUGAUAUUGAUUCCCCUGAGGAUCUGGAAGCCACUAACAUUCAGACAGAGACUGCCACACUGACAUGGAAGGCACCACAAGCUAAAAUCACUGGUUACCUGCUCACCUAUGAGUCUGCUGAUGGUACAGUCAGGGAGGUCAUCUUAAGCCCCACUUCCACAUCAUACAACAUGAACCAGCUAAGCGCCUCCACUGAGUAUACAGUGUACCUGAAGGCCAUCUCAGGCCCCCUGAGGAGCCACAUCAUCUCCUCUGCUUUUACAACCAUUGGAGUUCUCUACAGACAUCCGAAAGACUGCUCCCAAGCUCUGCUGAAUGGAGACACCACCUCAGGCCUUUACACAAUUUACCUGCGUGGUGAUGAGAACCAGCCCCUGCAAGUCUACUGUGACAUGACAACAGACGGAGGCGGCUGGAUUGUGUUCGUCAGGAGGCAGAGUGGUAAACUGGACUUCUUCCGUAACUGGAGGAACUACACUGCAGGAUUCGGAGACAUGAAUGACGAAUUCUGGCUUGGUCUCUCGAACCUGCAUAAGAUCACCUCCCUCAGUCAAUACGAGUUGCGAGUGGAUCUCAGAGAUAAGGGCGAGCAGGCAUACGCUCAGUAUGACAAGUUUGCUGUGUCUGAGCCACGCGGUCGCUAUAAGGUGCAUGUAGGAGGCUAUAGUGGCACAGCAGGCGAUUCGAUGACAUACCACAACGGCCGUCCUUUCUCAACUUAUGACCACGAUAAUGACAUAGCUGUCACCAACUGUGCCCUUUCAUACAAGGGAGCUUUCUGGUAUAAGAACUGCCACCGGGUCAACAUCAUGGGACGAUAUGGGGACAACAGUCACAGCAAAGGUGUAAACUGGUUCCACUGGAAGGGUCAUGAACACUCCAUUGAGUUUGCCGAAAUGAAGAUCAGACCAUCCAACUUCAGAAACUUUGAGGGAAGAAGAAAACGGUCGUAAAACAUUACUAAAACAACGCCGUCUUUUCUGACAUUCUGCCCUAACUGCAUCAGUCCAACCUUUUCAGCCACCAAAGCAGAAGCUUAGCUGUAUCUCCCCUUCUCCCUCUCUCUUUCUCUGUCUCUUGCUCUGUCUUUCUCUUUUUCAUUUGAUAAGCCAGUUAUAAUUGCCAUCUAUAAAUCCUUGUUCCAGGUUGAAGUUCAGCAUUGAUCUUGCGUGGCGCCAUUAGCUUAAGUACUGGUCCACAGCUUCACUCACACACAGUCUAUACAUGAGAGGUUUACUCUCUCUUUCUCUCUCUUUCUCUCACACCCACACACGCAUACACACCAAAGACUACAAUUUGGAGUCACUGUAUAACAAAUCUUUCAGAAAGCACAAUGGGGAGGGGUGGCUUUGAAAAGCUUUUCAAUUUACAAAAUUUAAUUAUCUCUCUCUGUACCCCAUCUGGCCAUGGUAAUUCAAUCAUUCCAAGGGUAGAAUGUGCGUGUGCGUGUGCGUGCGUGUGUGUGUGUGUGUGUGUGUGUGUGUGUGUGUGUGUGUGUGUGUGUGUGUGUGUGCAUCUUCACUGUUUUAAGCUCACGUGUUAAUUGUCAUCCAUCCAGUCGAGAAGUUAAAACCCAUCUUGUGAAUAUUAGCCUCGGUGUGACGCGUUAUUUUAUCCCUGUCCUUCUACCACCAUCCCAACUGACCAGACAGGAACAACAGCAGUAUAUGUCACGUUUCACUGCAACGGACAUACCGUGCACGAGUCUCAGCAUUCAGACCCAACGACACCAAUCCAUCAUCCACAUCGUCCAUCCACAGUGCGGUGUGUGUGUUCGUUUUAAGAACCUAUUGCAUGCUACAUUCAAAUGACUGGUGCUGAAUCUCUUUACUUGAUCACCAAGGGUUCAUUUCACAGUGGUGAUUUUGCAGUGUACUGCCAUUGGGACACACAACAACAGCACGUGUUUCAUGUGAUUUUUUUUAGCAACCACAUCUGCUCCGAAGUAAAGGCAGGACCUAUAUCAGUGCGUCACUGAUGUAAGCGAGUUCACCCAGGCCAAUUAUGAGUAAUGAUAAUGAAUGAGAGUCAUAAGGUUAAUGUUGUGCAGCAGAUAAAGACUUAAGAAAGGCCACUUUCAUUUUUUUAAUCAACAUUGUACAUUUAUAUAAAAAAGGUAUUGUACACAAAAUUAAUUAAUAUACAGAGUCUUUUUGUCCCCCCCCCUGCCCAACAUUCCUCCAUUCCUCCUUCCCUCUUUCCCUCCCUGACACCUUUCCUGCAAUAGACUAAACCACUGUCCUUAUUAAAUACCUGUGUAAAUUAAAGUCUCUUGUUUGGUAUUUGAAUAUGAUUGUUUUUUUUUCUUUAUUUUUUAAUUGGGUGAACAACAGGUGUUUCUCUGUAACCCAUAUUACAAUAAAAUGGAUUUUGUUUUAAAGAAAA